UGGGGAAGGCAAGGAAGAAGCUUUACAAAUUAGCAUAGAAAUGCAGUUUUGGGUGAAGACUAUUAUUAUUUUUUGGUCAAAGAAAUAUGUUUUUGGUGCUGCUCUGUUGUUUAUUAGGAAUAAAGUCAUAAGCCAGUCACUGAUAAUGUUGAAAUAACAAAAAACUGAACACAGUUUUGGUGGAGAUGUUUAUUAACACGGUGGUGGUUUUCUUGUUUUGUUACCUAAGGCUGGCAGCUGGCUCAUUUAAAGUUUAUAUGCUUUAAACAAAUAUAAAUUUAGUGAGUUACUGUGCAUUUGGAGAGAUGAUUAAGAUAUAGUAGCUCAGAAUAAACUACAUACAGUUGUGUUCAGUGAAGUGAUAUUUAGUCAAAGGCCUGAAUAGUGAUUUGAAUGUGUCCCAGGACAAAAUUAUUUCUGGCCCACAGAAGGAAGUUUUGAAGUCCUCUUUCAAAGAAACCCCAUCUGUUGACUUUGGGAUAUUUUUCUUCCCCCCCAAGGUGCUUGGUAAAUAAUCUUUUGCGGUUCUAAAUGUAAACCUGCAUUUUAACCUGUUAUGGGUUUAUUUUAUUUUUAUGCUUGUCGUGUAAACUUGUGUUUAGUAUGUAGGUUUGGAACCCGUGUUUGAAUAUCAGGAACAAGAGGCAAUUGUGCUUUUGUUUUCCAUCGUAUAGCAGUGUUCAUUUUAUAAUGUAGUAUCCACUUCUGAAAGUCUUACCUGAAUAUUCAUGAAAUUUAUUACUCAGGAACUUGUCGUACACUCAGUUUUUUGCACUCAUUUGACAUUCAUAUCCUGCUUUGUGAUAUUUUGGAGUCUCCAUGUGUAAGAUGAGAGUUGGAUUAAAUAUAGCUUCUGGUUCUAAGGUGAUGAUAACAACAGUAUCAAGAGUUCUUGAGUACCUUAAGAAUGUUCCAGGCACUAUAUUAGGCACAUUGUAUUUCAUCUUACCACCAACUUGCAAGGAGAGAGAGAAAAAAAUACUUUGGAAAAGUUAUACCUGCCAGUAUAGCUUGAGUUAAGAAGAAAUUUGUCAAACUCAACGAAUUGAAGCUUAACACUUCAAGAGUUGGAGUUACUGACCAGAAAUAUGGACAGACUUCUUAGACUUGGAGGAGGUAUGCCUGGACUGGGCCAGGGGCCACCUACAGAUGCUCCUGCAGUGGACACAGCAGAACAAGUCUAUAUUUCUUCCCUUGCACUAUUAAAAAUGUUAAAGCAUGGUCGGGCUGGAGUUCCAAUGGAAGUUAUGGGUCUGAUGCUUGGAGAAUUUGUUGAUGAUUACACCGUCAGAGUGAUUGAUGUGUUUGCUAUGCCACAGUCAGGAACAGGUGUUAGUGUGGAGGCAGUUGAUCCAGUGUUCCAAGCCAAAAUGUUAGAUAUGUUGAAGCAGACAGGAAGGCCUGAGAUGGUUGUUGGUUGGUAUCACAGUCACCCUGGUUUUGGUUGUUGGCUUUCUGGUGUGGAUAUCAACACUCAGCAGAGCUUUGAAGCCUUGUCGGAGAGAGCUGUGGCAGUGGUUGUGGAUCCCAUUCAGAGUGUAAAAGGAAAGGUUGUUAUUGAUGCCUUCAGAUUGAUCAAUGCUAAUAUGAUGGUCUUAGGACAUGAACCAAGACAAACAACCUCAAAUCUGGGUCAUUUAAACAAGCCAUCUAUCCAGGCAUUAAUUCAUGGACUAAACAGACACUAUUACUCCAUUACUAUUAACUAUCGGAAAAAUGAACUGGAACAGAAGAUGUUGCUAAAUUUGCAUAAGAAGAGUUGGAUGGAAGGUUUGACACUUCAAGACUACAGUGAACACUGUAAACAUAAUGAAUCAGUGGUAAAAGAGAUGUUGGAAUUAGCCAAGAAUUACAAUAAGGCUGUAGAAGAAGAAGAUAAGAUGACACCUGAACAGCUGGCAAUAAAGAAUGUUGGCAAGCAGGACCCCAAACGUCAUUUGGAGGAACAUGUGGAUGUCCUUAUGACUUCAAAUAUUGUCCAGUGUUUAGCAGCUAUGUUGGAUACUGUCGUAUUUAAAUAAAACCAUGCAAAAAGCUAUUGGUGAUACUUUCAGCGUAUAUUCCUCUAUUGUUCCUAAUGCUCAAAAUCAAGGGACCUCUGAAGGUGUGUUUGGUUAAAUGUAAGACAUCUGGCAUCAUUUGCAGCACUGUAACACCUUCAGUCUCAGUUGUGCAAUUACUUCUGUUUCUUUAGUCAGGGUCUUUGCAGAUUCCAAAGUUGUAUAAGAAUACAUCAAAGUGGACAAAUUUUGUUAAGAUCCCAUUUAAUAUUUGAAGAAAUCAGUAACACAAAUAUAUUUUGAUUGUUGCUUACAAAAUAAAAUACAUUUACAAUCUA